GGCCCGGCGGCGUGAACGGCGGCUUCCAGUGUGCGGGUUUCUCAGCGGGUCGGGGCAACCCCUUACCCGGCGCUAUGUCCCGGAACCUUCGCACGGUGCUCAUCUUCGGCGGCUUCAUCUCCCUGAUCGGCGCCGCCUUCUACCCUAUCUACUUCCGGCCCCUCAUGCGGCUGGAGGAGUACCGUGAGUGA